CAUGCCAUCUACGGAAAUCCUCAGAAGCUGGUUUUCGGAGCAGAAUUCGCGAACUCAGAGCAGUGUUUUUCUUCGAUUGCCAGAAGCAAAGAUGUGGAUCCGAGAUAGCAUCGCCUUGUUGGCAAUAGCCGUUCCGCUGACUGCGGCCUUAGACAACGGUCUCGCGUUGAAGCCUCCCAUGGGGUGGAUCUCAUGGGAACGAUUUAGAUGCGAAAUCGACUGCGAUCAGUAUCCGAAUGAUUGCAUCAGCGAGAACCUGUACAAACGAAUCGCGGACGAAUUGGUGGAUGGAGGCUACCGGGACGUCGGCUACGUCCAUGUCAAUAUCGACGACUGCUGGGCCCUGAAGGAGCGAGACUCUAAUGGGCGUAUGGUUGCCGAUCCCAAGCGAUUCCCAAGUGGCAUGAAAGGAUUGGCUAAAUACAUGCACGAUCGCGGACUCAAGCUUGGGAUCUACAGCGACGCUGGCAGCAAGACUUGCGCUGGAUAUCCUGGGAGCCGAGAUUACGAGGACAUUGAUGCCCAAACAUACGCGGACUGGGAUAUCGACAUGCUCAAGUACGAUGGAUGCUUCAUCGCCAACGAGGCCGACAUUCCCAACCUGUACAUGAAAAUGACUCAAGCCCUGAACAAGACGGGCAAACAAAUUGUUUACUCCUGCGAAUGGCCACUUUAUCAAAAAAAUACGGAACCUGAUUGGGGGAAGAUUGCCGCCUCCUGCAACCUCUGGAGAAACUAUGACGAUAUCGCAGACACCUUCGAAUCGGUCAAGAGAACCAUCGACGUCUUCGUCAAAAAUCAAGACCUUUACGUCAAGCAUCAGAAACCCGGAGCAUUCUUCGACCCAGACAUGCUCAUUCUCGGCGAUUACGGUUUGAGCAAAGACGAAGCCCGAGUGCAAAUGGCGAUAUGGGCCAUUUGGGGUGCGCCUCUCUUCAUGUCGAACGAUUUGGCAAAGAUCGAUGAGGAUUCCAAGAAGCUUCUGCUAAACAGAGGUGUCAUUGGAAUCAAUCAGGACCCAGAAGGCAUAAUGGGAAAAAUGAUCAAACAGGCUCGCGACGUGAGAAUCUUUGCCAAGCCCAUUCUGCCGAAAAGCGGAAGCUCUUAUUCAUUCGGAUUGGCUCUGAUCAACCUCUCUGAUGGCGGUAAUCCCCAACGAGUAAACCAGACCGCAUCGGAAUACGGUCUGACCGAUCCCCGAGGCUACCGAAUCACGGACGAGUUCGAUAACCUGGAACUCGGGAUCGUGAAGCCCGGGGAUUUCUUGGCGAUCGACGUGAACCCAUCGGGAGCAAGACUCCUGAAGGCGGUCCUGAUGUUUUCUACUCCAAAGGAAUAAAGGCAUUUCUGAGCGAGCGUUUUA